AUGUUUAAACCUCUGCUUCGCUCAACAGUGCCUCUGAUCAAGGCUGCUACUUGCAAAUCAACUCAACUUCAGUUGAAGGCUAUUUUGUCUUCUCCUAAUGUUGCUCGCACUGCCGCUGCUGGUACUGCCUACAGUGCUGGACACUAUUUAUGGUCCAGAGCCUACACUACCGAUGUCUCAGAGCACACUACUUCCAACGAUGAGGUUGUUACCGGAAAGGAAGAAGUACAUGAAUUCAAGACGGAAACCAAGCGUCUUUUGGAUAUUGUUGCCAAUUCGCUCUAUUCCGAGAAGGAGAUCUUUGUUCGUGAACUCAUUUCCAACGCUGCUGAUGCGCUCGAAAAACUUCGCCAAACACAAACAGUCGAACCAGAUGUUGACAGUGGAAAGCCCCUCGAGAUUCGCAUCGAAUUGAACAGAGAAAAGAACCAAUUCAUUAUUCAAGAUUUCGGUAUUGGUAUGACAUUGGAGGAAUUGAACGCAAAUCUCGGCACAAUUGCUAGUUCAGGCUCCAAGAAGUUUUUGGAAAAGAUGGAGAAGGAUGGCUCUACUGGUACCAAAGAGAAUAUCAUUGGCCAGUUUGGUGUUGGUUUCUACUCUACCUUUAUGGUAGGUAACAAGAUCAAGGUCUAUACCAAAUCUGCUUUCCCUGGAUCAAAGGGCUAUUGUUGGACUACGGACGGCCAAGGAUCUUACUCUGUUGCUGAAGCUGAGAAUGUGGCUGUUGGUACAAAGAUUGUGAUUGAGCUUCGUGAGGACUCCAAAUCCUACUCUUCUGAACUCGAGGUGGAUUCCAUCAUUAAAAAGUACUCCAACUUUGUUGGAUUCCCCAUCUAUUUGAAUGGAAAGGAAGUGAAUACUGUCGAAGCAUUAUGGACAAAGGAUCGCAACAGUGUGACCCCUGAACAGCAUCAGCAAUUCUAUCGUUUCAUUGCCAACGCUUGGGACGAUCCUCAGUACACAUUGCACUUCAAGACCGACUCACCUCUGGCCAUAUCAUCCGUCUUGUAUAUUCCUGAGAAGCACAUGGAGCUAUUAGGGGAGCAAACCAAGCCCGGCGUCUCUCUUUACAGUAGAAAGGUGCUGAUUCAACCCGAGUCUGCUGGUAUUUUACCUCAUUACUUGCGUUUUAUCAAGGGUGUUGUUGACUCUGAAGAUAUCCCAUUGAACGUCUCUCGUGAAUUGUUGCAAGAUAACAUUCUAUCUCGUCUUCGUAUGGUCAUGACUUCCAAGGUGCUCAAAUGGCUCGAUGGAGAAGCCAAGAAGGAUCCCAAAAAGUACGACGAAUUCUUUUUGGACUAUGGACAAUUCAUCAAGGAAGGUGCUUGUACUGAUGCCAUGCACAAGCGUGAAAUUGGUAAGCUGUUGAGAUUUGAAAGCUCAAAAUCAACAAACGGUAGCAUGAUCAGUCUUGAGGAUUACGCCAAACGCAGCAAGGAGGGACAAAAGCGCAUCUACUAUCUUUUGACUCCCAAGCGUAAAUACGCCGAAGAGAGUCCUUACACUGAAAUGUUCAAGAAGAAUGGUGUCGAAUUAUUGUAUCUCUAUGAAACCGUGGAUGAGUUUGUAGUCAAUCAUUUGAAGGAAUUCCAAGGCUACGACCUUGUCUCUGCUGAUUCACCCGAGGCUGCUUCUGAUCCUCUCUUACAACAAGCGCGUGAUGACACUGAAGGCCAUGCACUGACUGACAGUGAUGCCAAGGAUCUUGCCAAGUGGAUUGAAACGACUUUGGGUGACGAAGUUGUCAAGGGUGUUGAUGUCUCUCGUCGUCUCGCUAGUUUCCCUGCUAUUGUGCUCGAACAUGAAAGUCCUGCUAUGCGAAAGAUGAUGCAAAUGAUGCAAGGCUCUGCACGUAUGGAGGAGAGUCCAUCCACACCCACCGUGCUAGAAAUCAACCCUGAUCACCCUGUGAUGAAGGGUCUGUUCAACAUUCGCAACCAAAAUCCUGAUUUAGCUAAAUUAGUGACAGAGCAAAUCUAUGAUAAUGCAUUGUGUGCUGCUGGUGUCUUGGAUGACCCAAGAUCUAUGAUUACUCGUUUGAACAAGUUGCUUGAAAUCACUGUGAAUACUGUAGAACAAGACAAGAAGGUCAAGGUCUAG